AUUUUGGAGGAAGUAAGUUGAAACCAAACGGCCUUUUUCCAGCAUAACUUCGGCUUCAUUCGUUUAUUACGUGAUAUUGCUGAAUUAAGCGCAUUGAUUAAUUGCUUAAUCGUGUUUACGCGUUUUAUUUGAACUUUAAAGGAAUACAGCUACUUCAAGAAAGUGGAGUCAUCCCACGCAAACGCUAUAAAUGUGAAAGGAUGUAUUCACAAGGAUCUGACUACGGUUACAGGCGGGAGGAUGGUGACAGAAAUUCAAGACAGAAGUGGGAUGAUUAUGAUGACAGACGGGAAGACAGGCACGACUUCUGCAGUAAUACACCUCGGGCUUCUUAUUAUAAGUACAGCAGUGAGGGACACAGUAGCACAACCCGGGUGAGCAAAAGUCAAGAUUACAGCGAGUCUCCUAAAACACUCUGCAGCUCAGAUUCAGUAAGCAGAGAGUGGCGUAGAAUGAGCCCGGUGAGGAGGCAUUUGUCCCCACCUGAUUGGGAUGUGCCUGAAGUUAAAAGGCGAAGGCAAACAGAGGAAGAUGAUACGGAUUAUAGAUAUAAACGGGAUUCCCCAGAAAAAGCUCACAGGCUGUCACCAGCAGGUUUUUUACGUAACCAACAGUUGGGAUAUUCGCAGUCACAUGAAGAUGAUACCAGAUACAGGAAAAUGUCGCCAUAUUCCAGAUCCAGAAAUCAACGUGAAGAACUGCCUCACAAAUACCAGUAUGAGGAUUUCUUUGACAGAGAUUCAUCUGAUCGUUUCGAAGGAAGUGCUUAUAGGAGACCUGGGUAUUCGCUAGAGAGGACCCUCUCACCAGACGACACUACAAAGAUUCAAGCCAAGAUGAGAGAGAGAAUACCCAACUCCUCGGCAUCUGGGUAUUAUGAUGAAUAUUAUGAAAACAGAACCACGGUGCCUCUAAAUGGAUCCAGUGGACAGUCUUCUAAUAGCGACGCCCCUCUACAGAGAGCCGCACUCCCCGAAGACAAGUCAUCCAAAGGCUUCCAACGCUUUCUUGAAGUACUCAACAAGGGCGUGAAUGUUGACGUUCUCACUCAGAUAGUAAGUCAGAGCCCUGCACCACAGUGUGAUGGGCCCAUUAUUCCAAGGUCUUUUGUGAAAGUUGCAGAUCAACAGUGGUCUCCCAGUUGCACUGAGAGGCAACAGAAAUCAUAUAAAGAUAACAGCUACUGGAAUGAAAGUAAGGGCUCCCUCAGGUCGACAUCUCCACUGCCUCAUCAUCACUCCGCUAGUCCAGACCGGAAUGUCGUGUCUAUUGGCAGCAAAUCCCCUUCAGUGGAAAAGACGAGUAUAACACAUGAAGAUGAGCAAAGGCGCAAGCAAAUGCAAGACGUUUUACAGGCUAUCGGUGUGGAUUUGGGAUUCGAGGAGCUCGGUCAAAUGUCCCAUCGAAUCCAGGAGCGUCUUUAUGGUAAGAGGGAUAACGAGCGUGGCCGCAGAUUAAGUAGAGAAAGAGGUGUUGGACAGACGUUCACCGAGGGACGCAGAAGUAGAUCGUUGUCAAGCAGUUCUAGUUUUAGCCCACCAACUCAAAAUUUUUAUACAAGGAAAGACUCCUUAAGCAAUUCAAGGGACGAAGCAGACCUGCAGCGAUCUGAACGCAGUUCGGAGUUAAAAAGGAGGACUUUUCAGGAUGGUCAGAGCAGUGAGGAGAGUAAAAUAAGCACAGUGAAGAGCAUUCCUGCACUGAAUGUUGCUUCCAAACCUAUCUCUGCUGUAAGGCAACCUUCUCCAGCAAUGAUGCCUCCAACUCUUCCAAGGCUACCUUAUACUCCCAUCACCCAUCCACCACCGUCAUACCCAACUGUUCCUCCACCUCCGCUUCCUUUCCCGCCUCUUGCCGGACCAGGAAGUUUCCUUCCCCAUGUGCCUCCCAUGCUCCCUCAUCCUUUCUUUCCACCUCCAAAUGUCUUUCCUCCGCUGCACCCUCAAGUGAGACCGCCAUUCCCACCGAACCUGCAGCUUUGCAAUCCAACAAACGUAAAGGCUCAACCGGCCAUGAAAACAAAGCAAAUAUCAAGAACGCAAGGAAGGCGCCGCUUCCUGCAGUUUAUUAAGUGAGUGUGAUAUGUCAUCAUUCAUAUGCUUUUUUUAUUUGGAAAACACUGAAAAAGACAUAGUUUGUAGCUUUUUCUUAUUUGUUUUGUAAAAUGCACAAAACAAACAAUGUAACCUGGUUGGAGGUAAUUUGAAGGCGAAAAAUAAAACUGUACAGUUAAUGGUCAUAAAGUAAAUAGUUUUUGCUCGAAGUAAUCGUUUCCACCUAAGAAUGACACAUUAUUGCAUAUGAUGAAAGAGAAUAAACACUGGGCAUCUAUCAUAACUGAACCAGUAGUGGAGUUUAGUCUGUAAUGAUCAACAUCUGUUUGGUAUCCAAAGUUCAUAAAUUCUGAAUUCUGCCAUGAGUCCAGCUCUGGCUUAGAAAAAUUUUCUUUUGCAUGCAUAUAUUUCAUUUUUUUGACUGAUUUUGUUAACAUAAAGAAAGACUAUUGAAUUGUCUUGUCAGGUUUACCUCAUUAUUUGUGUACUUGUAGUUACCACUUGUUUAAUAAUAUGAAGUGUACAACAUUAAAAAGUUAUUCAAAGGAAACUUUGAAGCAAUUGUUCUUUUAUUACUGAUUUUUUUAAUGCAGUGAAAGUAGGUGUUCUUUUAAUAACAAUAUGGUCUUGCAAUUGUUAGUCCAUAUUGCUAUUUUUACCAUUGUCAAGAUUUUUAAAAAUCUGCAGUUUCCACUUAAAUUUCUUAUUCAAAUGUGGUUGAAAGCAGAAGUAGUGACUGGCAACAAGCAAAAGCUUUCUUGUCUAAUCACAUAUAAAAGCUAAAUUGCUAAAGAAAUUGAUAUUGGUUCUGGUAGAAAGGUGUCAGUCUGGUUAGUGUAUUGCAGUUUGUUGCAUAUGGAACUGCAUGAUCCCAGAACAUUUAGGGCACCAACACUGAUCCUUGAUCAUGGCUGCAGAAAUAAUGGAAGCAAGAGCAAUAGAAAUACGCUGUAUUAUAAUCAGACCGGCCUGGUCUGAUCAAACACUUUUCUUUUACAUCACGUGGAUAACCAGGUGGCGGUACUCUGCUUACCUCAGGGAUAAAAGAUGCACCGUAGGAAUUAGACAACCAUUUGAGGCACUGUGAUACUUUGGCUCUGUUCCUAUGACGACUGCAACUUACCUUAGCAUUGUGGCGAUCCGUGUACACUUGACGUUGAUAGAUUGCUUUGACUUCUUUCAGCAGCUUAAUUAUCCCAAAAGGCAAAUUUGGUACAGGAUUACAACAAGUUUAAGUUGUCCUAUCCUAUCCAGUUUUUUAAGGUCUUGUUUUGUAAUUUGCAGGAUUUAAAGGAUAUGCUUCUAACAUCUUCGUGACAAUCCACUACUCUAUCAUGUCAUAAUAUUGUGCCUGAUCGGUGUGUAUACUUGGUACAAUAUUAACAAUAACAGGAAACAUUUUUUUUUUAUUUAUGCAUUCACUUUUCAAGUACACAUACACUUUUUCCUGUUUCUUGUACAAUAUGUUUUGUGAAAUAUGCAUCCUACUUUACUUCUAUUGGUAUAUCUAUAUAUGCAUGUCAUUUAAAUUUUAUGGUCCUGGCCAGCUUUUAAAAUUAGCUUGAUACAACCUCAGAUAAACCAAAAUGUAUUAUGCAUAGGUCUAUGAAUAAUAUGAUUAUUAUUCAGAUGCUUGUUCCAGAUGUAAAAGCAGUUUCUGGGUAAAAAGAAAAAAAAAGUUCCUAGCUCACUUGAAAAUCUUGUUAAAUCACCUCUAGUUCUGAUUGCUUGAAGUAAACGUCUCCUGUGUUGUAUUUUUUUUUAUUUCAUUCUGAUUGACAUUUUGUCUUUACAAACGGACACAAAUUGUAAUGUCAUGAAUCAGUCAUUCUCAGGUAAAUAUGUGUCUGUUUACUGUGUAAUAUUACAAUCAGAGUGGAGGUAAAUUUUGUCUUGCUUUCACUUAAAAACAUUUUUAAGUUAUGGCAGGUUUUUGAGUUGUUUAACAGAUUUUGUAUUUAUGUAAUUUUAACAAGUGGAAGGGUUUAGUUGACUUUUCCCUGAUAUUAAAAUUACCAAUAUAUUUAGUUAGCUCAUAUAAGAGUUUCAGACAACGAAUAUUUUUUUCUGUAGGCAUCUCCUCAACGUGUUUUUGCAGUGGUGGUCCUCCAUCACACAGGUGGCGCUAUUGAACAAUUAUCAUUUUUAACGCCUUAAAGAUUCUGUCCUUUUGCUCUCCAGAGCAGUUUAUGGCCGAAUUAUUUUGACCAGACCUUUUUCCACCAAAGAAGGUUAAUUUCGUCUACGUAUUGUCACAGCAAGCUAUUUUGGAGCUCAUUUUAUUUAUGUUUUUGAUAAAAACAGCUAUUCGGUUGUGUAGCAGAUGACGGUUUUCCAGCAGAAGAGCCUCUAUAAACUGUGAAAGGCAGUACGAUGGAUUCACAUGACAAUGCCUGGAGUUUUCCUGCUCAAAGGCUGCAGGUACGUCUGGAGCCAGAUCAACAGAAGCUUGUUAACACCAACAGGAUAGAGAGAGUCCAAAGAUUUACCGAUCACUGGCAAACACGCCCUAUGUACACUGCUGUCCAGCCUCACAGCGGUGGUGUAGCCUGGAAGGAACAAAGCUCCCCAUCCCUGAACUCCCCAGACCCAGAUGGAAACCCAUUCAACUCAGAGGAUGAGGAAGAUCCUGAGUUGGCGAGAAAGAAGCGAGAGCUUCAGGAGUUACAUGAGCAGAUUAUGCACAAGAAAACCACCAUCGCUAUCAAAGCAAUUAAGAUGAUUGUGAAGAAUCCAGAUUCUCCUGAUGACCAGGAGUUUGAUACUUACAAUCCUGAAUCGCUUCGAGACAGAGUGACUGAGAUAUUGCAGCAACGUUCAUUCAGCUUUUUCUCCAAGGUUAAGUUAUGUAAACAAAAAGCAAAAGUUGCUGCUUCGAGAAAAGAUGAAGUGAAGCAGCAGCACCACCCACUGAAGCUCAGAGUGAAGGCAUUAAAUGCACACAGACUCAGGGACCGCGGCAUUUUACCACCCAGCAGAGAGAAGAUCCUUGAUGUUCCUCCACCUCUCACCACCCAGGCUGUUGCUUCACCGGCUAAAGAGGAAAGCAACGCUGCUAAGGGCUUCGAACGCUUCCUGAAUGUGCUCAACAGAGGAGCUGAUCUCAACCUGAAAAGCAUGCUUUCAGAUGACCCUCUGCCUCCUCCUGACCACAUCAUUACUUCGCCUGCAAAGCAGCAGCAGGAGGAGACCACCACCAACAAGGGAUAUGAGCACUUACUCACUGCUCUCAAGACAGUAGCAGCAGCAGUCCCUAACAUGAAAAAAACGGGUCCUGAUGUCCCUCUGCUGCCUCCUGGCUGCAGCAUUACUUCCCCUGAAAGACAGGAGAGAACCACAAGCAAGGGAUAUGAGCGCUUACUCAGUGUUCUCAACAAAGGAGCUGCUCCCAACUUGAAUACCACGAUCCCUGAUGUUUCGCUAAAUCCUCCCAGCCAUAGCGACCCUCAGAGAACAAAAAAGGAGAACAGUACCAAGAAGAGUCCUGAGGGCGAGAGCAGAGCCAGUCGAGGUUCUGAGCAUACAGGGCAACAUUCUGAGAGUAAGAACAGUGCAAGCAGAAAAUCUGAGAGCAAGAGCAAAGCCGACAGAUGUUCAGACCACGAGAAAAGUGAAAACAAACAUUCUGAUCACGAGAAAAGUGUCAACAAGCAUUCUGACCGCAAGACCAGUCCAAAAAGAGGCAAUGAGGGCAAAACUGGUGACAGCAGAGCUUCUGAGGACAAGAAAAGUGUUGACAGAGGCUCUGACCUUGAGAGUACCAUCAGCCGAUGUUCUGAAGUCAAGAAAAGAAAUUCUGAUUGUAAAGACGGAGUUGAUAGAGGUUCUGAGAACGCGAACAACCUCGACAGACCUUCUGAACGCAAGGGCAGUGUCCACAGAGUUUGUGAGCGCGAGAGCAGUGCGAACCAAGGUUCUGAGAUUGAAAACAUUCUCGACAGAAGUUCUGAAACCAAGAGGAGUGUCAGCAAAGGCAGCGUUGAUCGGCUCCUUGAAGACAAGGGCAGCUUGACAAGAAAUUUUGAGUCCGAUAGCGGUGCAAACAGAAGUUCUGGGCACAAGAACAGUGGCGACCAAGCUUCUGAGUCAGAGAGCGGUGUCAGUAAAACUCUUAAAAGUGAGAGUGAGAAGAACAGAGGUCUCAAGAGCAAGAGCAGUGAUAACAAAGGUUUUGAGCGCUUUGUGAGUCUGCUCAACAGUGGAGUGGACAUCACCAAGCUCAGUAAGAUGAUCAAAGAGGAGGUUGAUGAUCUUCCAAAAACCUCUCCCUCUGGUUUGAAAAAGGCCCCCAAGAGUGAAAACCAGAAGUCCGAUACUGGAUUCUCGCUGCCAGGCUGCAGUGGGAUCAGCAGCGUAAAAUCAAAAACUGUCAAUCAAGAGACGUCUUCACCUGAAGACGUUGAGAUAAAGAAAGUUAAAAAAAGGAGCAGUUUGGACUCUAGUAGUCAACCAGAGCCCGCCCUGGAAGUGAAAAAGAAGAAGGAAGAGGAAAAGGGAACCUCAGAAAUAGAUGAAAAGCAGAAACAAGUGCAGAGCAUUCUUAAAACGUUGGGUUUGAAUUUGGAUGUGGAGGAAUUGACCAAACUAACAGAUCGCACUCAGGAGAGGCUAUAUGGAAGGAAGAAUGAAGGUAGAGAGACGAGCGAAAGCAGGAUGGAACAGAAAAGUCAACUUGCGCUCUCCCAUAAAAAACACAGUAGGUCCCGCUCCUCCUCUUCCUCUUCGUCGUCUUCUUCGUAUUCUUCUUCUUCCUCUUCCUCCUCAACUUUCUCUAGAUAUGCCUCUAGAAGCCGUAGUCGGAGCCCUCGGGGCCGCCGGCAUCGGCGCUCUCGCAGCAGAGAUGCACAUAGACGUUCUCGUGACAGAGGCAGAGAUGGAGGGAAGGGGCAUAGCAGGACUGAGGCCAAUAAAGACCCCCAGAGGCCCAGUUACAGAAACCAACAACAUCCUUUUUGUUCUCCUUACGGUACUCCUUCUGCAUAUGCCGAUUACAAUUUCUACCAAUAUGCCCAGUAUAUGAACUACUACAAUGCCUACAACAGUGCUAUAAACUCCAAUUGGGUAUUUGAUCCAAAUCAGAGUCAUGUGCCACCGUCCCGUUCACAGUGGCACUCAGUAUUAGCAGAUAUGAAGCUUCCCAACCAACCUGGACAGAUCUCACUUCAUGACUUCAUGCUGUUCAUGAAUCCAGACUUGUCUGGGAGUGAAGGUCAGAGCAACGAACCCUCUGGUUCUCGUUGCCUCACGGUUAUCGAUACUAUACCAUCUUCUGCAAGCAGCGCGACUCAAUGUCGACGGUUAAUGAAUCUGGAGAGGAAUGAGUUGGGGUUGAAAAGAAAGAAUCAUAUAAAAAAUAAGAGAAAACAGUCUGCAAGAUCAACUGAAGACUUUACACCGAAGAGAAUCGUAGAAAAGUCUACUGAGAAAAAACCUGCAGAGACAUUGACUGCAGAGAAAAAAGCCUCAGAAACGGUUUCUAUGGAGAAAAAAACCCCAGAGACGGUUGCUAUGAAAGAAAAGAUUGCAGAGACGGUUGUUAUGGAGAAAAAGGUUGCAGAGACGGUUGCUAUGGAUAUAAGAGUUGCAGGGAAGAAAACCAUCAACUCGAAGACCUUAAACUCCACGCCGUCACAGGGUAAGACUUCUGGUGCUAUAACCAAGGCAAUGGAAGAGAAGAAACGUCGCCUUGCAGAGGAGAAAAUAAAGACCAACCUGAGGGAAAAGCUUCUAGAGUUUAACCGGAAAGCGAGGCUGCUGACACAACCCACCACCACCAUCAAGCCAUCAGCAAACUCCCUGGACUCUGAGCUCCUUUAAUGUGAGGAUCUGUAGAAACUCUGACAUCCCCCGUGGAUCGCUGACCUUCAUUUCAGUCCUUACAUAAACAUUUUGCUACUCCCUGUUCGAGCUGAAUCCUCCUCCAAAUACCACAAGUAAAUGAAAACUUCCUCAGAAAAAUGUACUUUCUUAAGUUGUUCCUAGUUUAUAUCGAGGUUUUUACUUUUGUCACCACUAAUUAUGUUAUGUUCUAACAUUUAUUUGCUGGUUCUGUUAUACUUAACCUUUUUUUGUUGCCAGGAGUCUUUUAGUUUGUCUGGUUUCCCUAGUAAACUGUUUAAAAACUGUUUAAAUUAUUGUGGAUGUUUGAUUUAUUUAGUUAUACUGUAAUUUUGAGGUGCUACUUCUGAAAGUCUUCACUACCUUAACGUAAAACUCCAAGGGCAAAGUUGGUCUGUGGAGCUUGUCUGUACAGCCAGACAAUAAGCUGAAUUUUUUUAAAAAGGAGAAACCUUAUACAUAACUUUCUCUUGACUUUGGAUGUCAAAAAUUAGCAAUGAACAGAAAAACGUAUUAAAUAUGUGGGAGAAGAGAGGCUUGUCUCUUUAAACUCAAUAAUUGCUGACUAAUUGUAGAAUAUGAAUUUUUUAGUUUCCAAUUCUUUUCAUGUUUUUUGUUUUUUUCUUUUACUAAGGGACAUGUGGAUCAAGUUAAACCCAGAGACUUGGAUCUGUAACUACAAUAACAUUGCCUCAGCAAACAUUCACUUAAGGGUACCAAAUUCAUGUACAGGCCACACAUUUCAGAUUUCUAUUCAUAUAAAAGUUAAAUCCUUCACUACUUUUUAUUGGUCUUCAGUGUAACAGAUUGAAGUUUGUAUUUUCACAAAGCAUUUUUUUAUGCAUUUAACAGCAGAAGGAAGUAGGUUUAUAUUUGGCAUUGUACUGCUCCAGUGUAAAUUAAAAUUUGCAAAAGAUG